AUGAAAGCUUCUACAUAUCGUGUGCUUUGUCUUAUAGUGCAUGAUAUUUUAUCAAUUCCUAUAUCAACUGUUGCUUUAGAAUCAUCAUUUAGCACUGGGGGUCGAGUACUUGAUCAAUUUCGCAGUUCUUUAACUCCUAAAAUUGUGGAGGCUUUGAUUUGUGGACAAGAUUGGUUAAGGAGUUCAUCAAGUCCAAUUGAUGUUGAAGAAAAAUUAGAGGAUCUUGAGAAACUAGAGUCAAAUUUGAAAUCUAUUGAUUAUAGCAUGUCUAGCAUUUAUGCACUAGAUUUGAAAGUUCAUCUUAUUGAAGGGAUAAUUGAUCAAGUUGAGGGAACUGUUCAUGUUUCCUGGGUGCAACCAAGAGUUUUAGGUGUUCCACAGAUCAAAUCUUUGUGUGAUCGUCUGGACAAUUGGGUGGACAAAGUACACACUGCUUUGCUCUCUGUAGAGGCAGAAACACCUGAUCUAGUUGCAUCUUAA